UGGAAAAACUAACAAUUGAUCAGCCAUCGGGAUUUUGAUUUAAAUUAUUGAUUUGUUUUUGAAUACAACUACAAAGCGCGAAUUUUGUGGAAGUUUUGCAAAAAAAUUCCUAUUUCUUCUUGUAGAAUUAACUGAAAAUCUUGCCCCGUUUGAUCAGCUGUGCUGUAGGCUGUAGCAACAUCAUUUUGUGUUGUUCAAUGAUACAGUUUUGAUCCAGAAAUGGAGUCCCUUUCAAAACAGGAGUUGAUAUCAACUAUAACAAAACAAGCAGAUCAGAUAAAACGAUAUGAAACACGACUUAGAGAUGUUGUGACAGCUUAUAAAGGCCUUGCAAAGGAAAAAGAAGCCUUGGAAAUAAGUUUGAAGGCCUUAAAUAAAUCAGAUACUAGUGAUAGUGAAGGAGUUGCAGAUGAUUCAGUUGCAGCACUCACAUUGUCACUAUCAACGUUGACUGCUGAAAAGGCUCGCAUGGAAGAAGCAUUCCAGGCUGAUAAGAAAGUUACCAGAGAUAAGUAUGAAAACGUCAUAUCGACCAUGAGAGAGGAGACAAGAACAUUGGUACAGCAACAUUUGGCUGAAAUUAAUAACUUGAAAGCUAAAAUUGCUUAUGAAAUUCAGGAGAGGGAAAAAGAGAGGGCUGAUCAUUCUGCAAUGAUGAAAGAACUUCACAUUAAACUGAACAGUGAAAGGAAAACCAAAGAAAAAUUGGAAGAUAAAGUGGUUCACUCUUCAGAAGCCCAAGCAUCCCACGCCGAACUGGAAAAGCGUGUCCGCGACCUAAGUAGCUCAUUAGAGGCAUCGCAGCGUCGCUUGCAGCGGGCUGAGGCGCGAACGGUGGAGACCCCGGCGUUGCUAGUACGCUUGCAGCAGAAGCUGGCGCUGCUGGAGCAGUCGCACUCCGUCGCCAUCAGAGAGGAGCAAAUAAAAGCAAAACGCGCCGAAGAAUCGGCUCGUAAGAUCUGCGCCAGACAAGAGGAACGCGUGGCUUUACUCGAGAGCAAGCUUGCCGAGCUAUCCGAGACUGUAGGCGUGUAUGACCUGAGGCGGAGAAGAGAUCAACAGCUGAUCCAGCAGUUGAAGGAGUCGUUGAAUGGACGGCUGAUGGACAAGAUUCAAGCUAAUGAGUAUGGGGAUGGAGCGGAAGGCGAAACUACACCCAAAAGUGAGACAGACAAUGAGAAACUGGCGGACAGCGAAUAUCUGCAAACACUAAUCGACAAAAUACACAUCCUAAAGAAAGAAUUGAUCGCUGAAAACGAAAAACUUGGCAGCCCCAUCGACAUAUCCACAGUUUUCAAAGUAGACGGCUAUGAGAAUGCCCAUUCAAAAUGCAGAGAAGAAUAUGAAAAAUUGAGGACGGAAUUUGAAACAUACAAAACUCUAAAUUCAAAGCCUGUUUCGAGUGGGGAUGACUUGCAGACUGAGAUAGAAGAUCUGAAGAGCGAGAUAGAGGUAUUAAAGGAGAAAGUGGAGACUUACAAGAUGAUGUUGGAUGAAGAAAAACAGGACAAAGUUGACACUUUGAAAUUGUAUGAAGAGAAACUAAAGAACGAGCAAGACUACCACUCCGAAGUAGCCUCCGACCUGAAAUCCCGCAUCCAAAGCUUGGAGAAGCAGGUGGCUACGCAGCGCGACCGCUACGCCGCCCUAUUGGACGAAACGGACAACUUUAUAAGGGCUAGGAACGACCGGUCUAGGAAGGUCAGCGUGGAAGACGGCCAUUGGAAGGAAGGAGUUCUUGGGGACGUGACAGCACCGCCGCAUAUGCUCCACUAUGCGCACGAGUUGGCUCGCAAAGACCUCGACAUAUCGCAGCUCAGGAAAGAGAAACACAUUCUCGAGGGGCAAUACAGAGAUUGUCAACGAGAGGCUACGAUUGAAAAAGAGCGUUUCAAAGAAGUGAUCCGAACGCUGAAGGAAGAAAUUGACAGACUCCGCCGUAUUCAAUCGCGAGAGGGCGCCAAUCUCGAAUACCUCAAGAACGUUGUCAUCUCAUACCUCAUGUCCACAGACUACGAAAGCCGCAAACACAUGCUUAACGCCAUCGCGGCUGUACUACACUUCACCAGCGCCGAAAAGACCUCUGUCUUGUCUAUUCUCUGAGGCAAAGACGUGACGUCGAUGAUCGCUAACUCCAUCCAGCCGAUAGUCGACGUUAUAGAGGAUCCGUUGCUCCAAAACGCCAUAGACGAACCCAUAGAGGUCGGCGUCUCAGAAAUGACGGCUACAGCAUCCACGAUCAUACAAGCGGUCACCCGUGGACAAGAUAUCCCGUACAUCAUACAUAUUAUGGCUAGAAUGUGGCGUUUACAUACUAGCGUUCCACCGGUGCCAGAGUAUGAUGAUUAUUAUGAUUAUUAUGCCGACGAUGCAAGCUACCCUACGUUUGUGAGGGUGAAUGAUGACUUCUUGUAGGAUGGACAAUAUUUGUAGUGUUAUUUGGUGUUUAGUUGGUAUACAGCUAUCAAGGAUUUAAAAUGUAUUUGAAUGUUAUGGCAAGACAAUAAGGUUUUAAAUGAAGGUGGCAACGAAAUUGGGUAUUUGUCACCACUCUCCAACAAAUCUAAAGCACAACGUUUUUAAAAGGCACUUCAUUCAAGUCUUAAAAAUUUAAUUAAUUUUAAAUUACUUGUAAAUUAAGAUUUUUGAUUGCAUUGUAAUUGAAAAAAGUAGUUUAAUUUUAAUAGUUGAAUAUUGACGUCUCUGGCUAGUAUUGCCAUACAAAAUCUAUGGGAGAGUCUCGUUUUGACAGUUUUAGAAAGUACGUCAAUAGAUUGGUGGUGGCAAAUACCCUAUUGCUGAUGUUUUAUUAAAUCUAUAGGGUGGUGUUGAAUCAAUUGAUGGAUUGAAUUUGAUCCAAGAAUAUUGAUAAAAGUGACUAAUCUGAAUGGAGCGUUUUGUAAUAAUAAAAUGUUAUUUAUCUAAUGGUGUUGUAGAACAUUAUAACACUAUAAGGCUAUUUACUAAAUGUUCUAUAAUAUCAAAGUAUAACUCGAAGAGGUUAUUUCAAUUUUCGUUUAACGUAAUAUAAUAUACUACAUAAUAUUCGUCUUGCAACCAUAUCUACAAAAAACUUGAUUAUAAAAUUGUAAUCAUUAUAUUCUUACUGUUUUAAAUUAUAAAUUAAAAGUAUUCUAGUCUAGUCUACAGAAAUAGAAAUA